AUGGUAAUAGUGCCCAGAAUAGAAUAUCAACUAGCAGCUAUCGUUUUAACGAAAAGAGAGUGUGAAAAUUUGAUGACAAAAUUAAGCAGUAUAAUUAAAAGAAGAGCGAAACUUGCGAAAUCGACACCAAAUUUUAUAUUAUACGAGAAAGAGAUUAUGGGAGUUAAACAUAUAUAUGAUUUGCAAAUAGAAAUACUAUGCAAAAAUUUAUUAUAUCAAGCAAACGGCAAUGAAAAACUAAAAACUUUAUUUUUAAUUAAAAUUUCGCAAGAACAAAAAAAUAUAUGGACAUCGAAAUGUCCUGGUGAAAUGAAAAUUGAGAGUAAAUGUCAUCACAAUUGGAUAUUAGCUGCAAUUAAAGCUUUAAAUGAAGUGAAUAUAACCUUAUGCAACCACGAAAUUAAAAAUAUAAAUGAAGAUCACAGAAUAAAAGGAGGAAGAAUAGACAUAGUAGAAAUUUUGGGGAAAAAAUUCAUAAAAAACAGCGCUAUUUCAAGAAGAAACAAAGACAUUAUGUUCUUAGAAGACCUUCUCGAAGCGGAUGGUAUAAAUAUGUUAAAAUGGAAACACUUAUGCAAGGAGAAAGGAUUAAACACGAAAGGGAAGACUCCAAAAUGGUUUAAAGAUAUAGAAAAUAAAAUUUUAGAAGAUGGAAAUAAUAUAAUUAGAAAAAUAAAAAAGGAAUAUAUAGGACAAGUCACAAAAAGUAACAUUCAUAUCAAUCUUUUUGAUGAGAACGAGAAAAAAGGGAAAAAUCAGAUUAUCACAUGGAACGUAGAAGGAGAUUUUCCAAUUUUUUGCGAGGAUAAGAAAAAAUCUCAAAGUAAAAAAUGCAAGAGAAUAGGCUUACAUUUAGAACUCGUCAAUGACAAGAUAGAUAUAAAUAAUUCUCCUUUUCUAAAAAAAUGCAAAGGAUGUGAUAGAAAUAUUGAUACGAAAAAAAUUAAACCGAAAGUAGACGAGAGAGGCAAAAAGAUUUAUGGUUUUAAAAUCAUGUGGAAAAUUUUAGAAGAGAAAAAUAAUAUAAUUGAAGAAAAUUCGGAAAUAACUUUAUUAGCAAAACACGAUGGUAACAACGAAAACGAAUUUAAGAUAAUACUAAGGAGUUUAAUUAUAGGUUUAUUAAUAAUAGAAAAUGAUAGCGAGAUAGUAUUGGGAAUCAAUGAGAACGUACAAAAAUUAAUUUUUGAUUUUAAAAACAAUUUUAGUAACAGAAGGAAAAUAGAUAGUGAUUAUUAUUUGGAAUUACUAUUUAUUGAAAAUUUUUUAGAAGAUAAUGAAAUGAAAAUUGCAGAGAUGAACGAAUACGAUUAUAGAUUAUUAAAGAAAUUGAGAGUUAUAGCGAGGGAAAUUUUAAAUGAAGAAAUCAAUACGAUAAAAUAUAACUUUGAGAUAAAUAACGAAGCCUUAUUAGUCAAUGAAUUCAACCUAUAUUGGAAUCAAAGACUGAUUACUGGAGGAUAUACUAGAGGUUGGAGGAAAAAAGUAACAAAUGCAAUAUGGAAGAACGAGAUGUUAAAUAGUAACAGAUUAGAUGAUUUAUUCAUGUAUAAUUUUAAGAAAGAAUUUGAUUGGAAAAACACAUUAGAAUUCAUAAGUAAUAGAACAGAAUUUUCAAAAAGACAAUGUGGUGACAAAGAUACAUAUGAAAGAUUCUAUAGAAUCAAGAAUCUUUUAAAAGAACAACCAACUUACGAAGCGCUAUAUCAAAGAAAUACAAACAAAAUCGAGGAUAACAAAUGCAUUAGGUGCAAGGAAAACGAAAUCGAAAGUUGGGAACACAUAUGGAUCUGUAAUGACAACGAAUCAACUCUAAAUGAAAUUAUAUAUGAUUCGUUAAAUCUGUUCGAGCAACAAUUAAAAAAUUCCAAUCAAGAAGAAAAUAUAGAAAUAUUGAGAAAUUUCAGUUUUGAUUUCUUAAAUGUAUUGGAAAGUCCUUCAGUAGUUUUAAGAGGCAAAAGCAGAAUUUGGGAAUUGAUUAGAGGUAUAUAAAAUAAUCAGUUUAAUAAUUUAUCUAAGAAGAAAGAAGAGAUAAUGUUAAUAAAAGAACUAUGGAGAUUUACAUAUAACGAGAUCAAAAAUCGUAUUUGGAUUCCAAGAUGCAACGAAGUUAAAAGAUUAGAAGAAAUAGAGAAUAUUAAAAAGGCCGAUCUAAGAAAACGGAAAAAUGAUCAGGAAGAAAAACUGGACGAGGACGGAGAAAAAAUAAAUAAAAAAAA